AUGGAAGCUUCUGUCCCCACUCCCCUCGGGCUGGCCGGCUGGCUCCGGGGCCCCCUGGGUGCCUGGGGCUGCGGGCGCCCUGUGCAGGGCCAAGAACAAGGCGGAAGAUCCCCACCUCUCUGGAGACCCUGGCUUCCCACUGCAAAGGACCUGUGCAGGCAGAACAGGGACCACACAGACCCGGCCUGCGGCAGUGAGAUGCUGGUGGAUGGUGGCUCAGGCAAGGCAUCAGCACUGUUCCGGCACCCCGUCAGACUCUUCUGGCCCCGCUCCAAGUCCUUCGAUUACCUGUACAGUGAGGGGGAGAAGCUGCUGGAGAACUUCCCCGUGCAAGCCACCAUCAGCCUCUAUGAGGACUCUGACAGCGAGGAGGAGGAAGAGGAGGAAGGCUGGGGGGAGGAAGGGCAGGUGGAGGAGUGGGGGCAGCAGGCGGAGGAGUCUGUGUUACGGCAGGAGGCAGGCUGUCAUCAGGGGCCAGCUGGGGUCAGCCAGCCAAUAAAGCUCUGUCUGAAGUGA